AUUCCAUCAUGCUUCAUUUCACAAAUCCGUUUCGCUGGCGUGUAUGGACGUCACUUUGGGUCUUACUCUCCCAUUUUUCCAUUGGAAUCAAUCUCUUCCAAUCCCAGCCCAAAGAGACUGCCAGACCAGAUUUUGGCGAUGAUGAUGGGUCUGACAAUAUUGCUGAAUCCUCCAAAGAAACACCCAACGUUAUCUUCGACCACUUGCAUACCGAUCAACAAGCUAAAUGCAACAAGAAAAUUGUGCACCUGAAGCAGCCGCCAAACUUUAUCGCCAUGGGCUACUCCGGAUAUAUCUGCAAAGCCGAUCAAGAUACCAUCAUCAAGCAUCCGAGGUACCUUCUCGAUAAUGAGCUUUAUAAUGAGAUGUACCGCGACAUGAUCAGUACCGAGAAAGAAAUCUACGAGCGCCUGGGAAAUCAUAAAGGGAUUAUACCAUACCUGGGCGUGCAUGAUCAGUCAACAGGCGCAAUCAAGCUGGCUUAUGCACAGCAAGGAGAUCUUGAAACAUAUAUUGGAAACCACGAUAAGCCAUCCGAAGCAAUUCGCGCCUCAUGGAUCCAAUCAAUAGUCGAGACAUUCUGGCAUAUCUAUUCUUGCAAGUUUCUCCAUCAGGAUGUCAAACCCAAUAAUAUACUUGUUCAUAAUGAUAGCCCGAAGGUGGCUGACUUUGGCAAUGCCGAGAUAUACGCGUUGGAUGCUGAUAUGGAAGCUAUCUACAUGGAAGAACUUUUUCCACGAGUCGACAUACUCGGCAUCGGAUGCAUCAUUUAUUCUAUCGCAGCAUGGCGUGCCUUCUGGAAAUGCUGGAGUAAUAGCUAUGAGAACAUGCAGUCGCUGUAUGAGGACUUCAAUGCUUCCACUGGCACAGAUCUGCCAUUUUCGAAGGAAGAGUAA